UUGUAUUUUACCUGUCCGUCACCCGUAGGCAGCAGGUACAACAGCCUCAGCUGUCUGUUCUCUGAAUAAAGUGGCGGCGGAGGAAACAAAGAACGACGACACCAGAGGGCACCCGACAUGCCGUUCCCCACGCGCCUCCCGCCGCCGGCCACCGCCGCGGCCGCUACCGCCGCAGCCGUGCUCGCGGCCGUCGCACUGCGCCGGUACCUCUCCUCCCGCUCCCGCGCGGCCGCGGCCGCGCAUAGCACCAGCGGUGCCCCAGCCGCCACCACGUUCCUCGUGCUCUCCGGCAAGUCCCCCCAGGACCAGCAGUUCCUCGCCUCCGCCGCCGGCGAGCUCUCUCUCGCGGAGGAGGGCGGGGGCGAGCUCGCCGUCUCCCUCGCGCUCGACGCCAGCGGGGACGCGGGCUUCGACGCGGCCGCCUAUAUGGGCGCGCUCCAGGCGCGGCGCUUCGGGAGGUGGAUGCUCUGGUCGCCGCGGAUGGCAUCCACGCACGACCUCGUAACGCAGAACUUCGCCAAACUUCCGGUGGGCGUCGUGUGCGCCACAGACGUGCAGUUCAAAGGCAGAGGAAGAUCAAAGAAUGUGUGGGAAUCACCUCCAGGUUGUCUCAUGUUCUCGUUUACAUCACAGAUGAAUGAUGCCCGGAAGCUUCCCCUUAUGCAAUAUGUCGUUUGCCUUGCCAUGACCGAAGCCAUCAAAGAUUUGUGUUGUGCUAAGGGACUUCCAGAGCUAGAUGUAAGGAUAAAGUGGCCUAAUGAUCUAUAUCUGAAGGGGUUAAAAGUUGGUGGCAUUCUUUGUACCUCAUCAUAUGAGCCGAAAGUCUACAAUAUUUGCACUGGUAUUGGUUUAAAUGUCGACAAUGAAAAGCCUACUACAUGUUUGAAUGCUGCACUCCAAGAACUAAAGGCUAAUUCACCCAGACUUAAACGAGAAGACAUACUAGCAUCAUUCUUCAACAAAUUUGAAGUUCUUUUUGAUAUUUUCUCAAAUCAAGGAUUCCAGGCCCUCGAGGAGCAAUACUACAACUCAUGGCUUCACAGUGGCCAAAGAGUCGUCGUACAGGAUGCGCAUGAAGGCCAGUCUGUGAACAGCGUGGUCACGAUCAAGGGGCUAACACCAAGUGGCUACUUAUAUGCUGUUGGUGAGGACGGCAAGAGCUAUGAGCUGCACCCUGAUGGUAACAGCUUUGAUUUCUUCACAGGAUUGGUGAGGAGAAAGAUAGAUGCAUAGUACGUUGUCAGUAUCUGGGCUCCAGUGUAUACUACGAACACAGAGACUGCCUGUUCAAAUACAAUGCCAUCGACGGGAUCUCGCGGGGCAUGAAGAAAACAUGAGCCCUGGCCUGGAGACUGAAGCACGGGACUUGGCUGAACCUGAAUUAGCAUGGACCAACAAAUCAGGAGCAAACCACGUGAAAGAACCGCAGGAAAAGGGCAGUGUCUCUGAAGACAGUCCAAGGCUAUUUUGUAACUAGUUUGAAAACAGUGUGCUCUGUAUACUUGUGUUUCUGUAACAAGUGCUGAGUCUGUGAGUUACUGUAAAAAUAA